AUGGCAUUGGCAUUGGCCCAAUGCCAAAAGGCUUCCAAUGCCAUGAUUUUAAUUCCAGGCUUGAAACUAUUAUUUGGGAUUCCAAACUCUCAUGGAGUUGAACAGUACACGGGUUAUUAUCGGAUUCAUUGUCGUCGGAGGAGGAAGGAGAAGAACAGAAGACUGAAGGAGCAGGAGUCGGCGGCGGAGGCGAAUAGGGAGGGUACUUGGAGAGAACAAGGGCGGCGGUGGAGGGUUCGACUUCAAGAGUACAAGAAACACAACACAAAGUUGUUGAUACUGAACGGCGGUGAGGAAUUGCCGGAGCAUAAUCUCCGUCACCGCAGCGGCUUUGGCUACCAUAUUAUUUGUGUUCCUGCUGAUAAGGAAAAGAAAGGGAUCAUAGCCCUAGCUUUUACUUUCAAACAUGGGCUUAUCGUAGCUGCUGACCAUCCACGAGGCAGUGUUGAUAACCUUAUUAAAGUUAGUGAUCGCUUGGUUGUCAUUGUUUCUGGAGAAAUUGCAAAGGGAGGAGGAGGAAUAUCUGUCGAUGAGGCAACCACGAGGGUGGCCAGCACCCUGUCUUCUUCUAAUGUCACUAAGGACUCUGAAGGUUUGCCAAUUGGAGUUCCUGUUCUGUAUCAUGUGAAUGGGAAGGGGGAAGUACUUCAAGGGAAUGGUUUUGCCGUUGGGUCUAGUCAUGAUCUUGCUUUUGGCUUUAUGCAGUUAUGUCACGAUAUGUCCAUUGAUGAAGCUAUAGAAGUUGGUAGAAGGGCGAUUUGCAUGGGUGCAAUGGGAGCUAAAGAGUACUGCGGUUUUGCUAGUGCUUACCACGUUGGAGCUGAUGGGAAGUGGACGAUGGUCGUUGAUAAUGAAGACAUGAAAGACUUAUUGGAAAUGAAAUAUAAGCUGACUCUGUUGAAGCUGGACACCACCAGAGCAUGCCCAAGAGUAGUUUAA